AUGAGAACACCUCCGCUUCCAUCGCCGGCUGAGGCCUCUUCGCCUGUUGCUGUUCCUCACUCCCACCAUCGUUUCUUCUCCCAAACUCUCUCCAGUUUUGCCCAAGUUGAAGACAGCGCAUACACACUCGAUGGACUCUAUGGCUCGGAAGAUAACAGUUGGAAGGCUAACUCUCCGCAUUAUUCUGCCUCGUCCGAACAGGCCGCGAAACCCAAUCGAACACCCGCCUCAGCCAAGAAAGAGAAUUUGGAUGCAAGAAACGGACUCCAGGAGGAUCUGGUUCGUAACCAGCCGACUCUGAAGGAACUCCGCCGGCAGAUGGAAGAUUUGCUUGCGUAUCAGCAGAUGCGAAGUUCCGAGAACCAAGGCCCCUCAGUACAUCACGAAACCGCUCCGUCGCAGGGUUCCGUUUCAUCCGUUGCUCAGGAGUCGACCAAGAAGAGACGCAUUUCAAAUGUAUUGUCGCCGCAAGUCGUACCAUCCCUUACAGGAGCGCCCGAUUCAGCCGGAUCUAGCGGCACAAUUAGAGGCACGGAUUCGCAGACAACUCCUGAAGCCUUCUCCGAGAGGACCCCGUCAUACCCAUUUCCAGAUAUGCCGCCGCAAUCCACGAAACAAAAAUUCUUCUCUCAACUAAACAACGGUUCUUUCAAGUUGACUUUACCCGCGGACAAGUUGAAGGGUGCCAUCGCAUCGUCACAGAUCCCGGUCGAAGGGCAGUCGGCUCCCGGCUUACUCCCUUCCAACAACAUCUUCGUGCCGCAAGACCACAAACCUGUGACGGAAGAUCCCGCCUAUCCAAGCCCAAAUCUAUACGAGCUCACGCUGCAACUUAAUGCGGAUCCAGGCCUCGAGGCCUGGUGGUCCAAUCUCAUCCAAAUUCUACGGACUCAUUAUGGAGUGGAGCGAGCAUCACUUGCUGUACCUGGGGAUUUAACGGACCUUGAGAAUGUCCCAUGGGGCCAAAAGGCGGGUUUUAACGAUAAUGUCCCUGAAGCUGAUCAUCCAUUGAAUGAUGCAAGUAUAGCCGAGGAGGCAUACCCAAGGGUCUCGGUGCACGCGGACAGAGAAAAGGAGGCUACCGCCGCGCCAGAUAUUAUCAACGGACCUCCGACACCAGCCAGCUCCGUGGCCCGACCGCCACUACUUGCCCGCCAUUCUUUUGCUGGUUUUGGCAAGGACAGGAAAAGAAAUGACGAAGACGUAUUGCUCCGAUCAAAGAGCCCACUCAAGUCGGAUACUUCACCCAAGCGGGAAUAUAGCCAAAAUCCAACGACUGUACAGACUGUGCCUCUGGACACUCUGAGCUCGACUCAGCACAAUGGCCGUCUUACUGUGUUCCAGACGCCUAGGGCACUAGAGACGGAACCUGAUCCUCUAAUUAAACGAACUGGCGUGGUGAAAUUGUUUGGGCGCACCAAGCCUGUCAUUCUGACCCGAGAGUACUCUCACGCCUCGGCAUCCAAGCUGCCUCAUGAUGAGCCUGUGCAAACUCCCGAAGAUAAAGUUCAAGUCACUCCUACCGCCGAGCCUUCUCACGCAUCUGUCCCGCUAGCCAAGGCCAUUUCCAACCCAGCAGUGUCUGCUCUCAAUCCCCAACGGCUCCCUUUGAUGCAGUUCCUCGAUGAGUAUGAGCAAAUCCCGCCAUCUCCUUGGUCUCAGUCUCCGGCUCCUUCCCCAGCACCCCGCGGGCAACCUGAGCAAAACCCGUUUUUUUCCAAUCAUACGGUGGAUGAGAGCGCUUUCGCUAAACACCCUCCGUUGCAUGACUACUCAAAUCCGGAUCCUCUGGAGGCCAUUGGCGUUGACCUGGCAAAAUCUGUCGUCCACAUUCCGUUACUACAUGCCGGGCCUUCAAAACGCUCUAAUUCGUCUCCACUGAGAUUUCCUGUUGCAGUUAUCUCGAUCUUAUCUCCGGUUAUACCGUAUCCCACGAAUCUGAGGCAGUCUUUAGCCUAUCUCAUGCCUCAUCUCACGACUUCAUUUUGCUUGGCCCAACAUUACAGUCAACUAGAGCGGCAGGCUACCUCUCGACUCGAACAUCCCCGUUUCGGACAUUUUCUCGGGAUCGGUGGGACAUUUUCUGACGAGAGUAGCGAGUUAGAACUCGUGGCUGGUCUCAGUAAUCAGCUCAACUACACGGGACCGGAUGAUGGUUCCCUGUCUGCGAGGGCUAGUCUAUCUAGCCCCGAUGACAGGGCGAGCUCUACCAGGUUUAGUCCCUCAUUAUCGGCCUUAGGAACUCCUUACCUUGAUCCAAACAUGCCUGGCAUUUCUGAAUCUCCUGGACUGGGUGCGAGAUUUCUUGGCAAAGAACCCGACAGCUAUUUUGGGCUUCCGCGCUCAAAAUCGACCCGCGAUGCUUCCGGUCAACAUAGAUCCCGCUUGGCAAGAAUAAGGCAGGCUGCUACAUCCCCUUCGGCCAUAUCACCAGGAAAGCCAUGCGAAGCUCCCCCCCAUGAUUCAAACAUAACUGCUCCGUCGCCUCACGAGAUCAAACCGCCUUCUGUCGUAUCACCAACCCAGACAUCCUCACGACACCACUCUAAUAAUUCAUUCUAUGCACAGCUCCAACGCGAGUCGCGACCCUUUACCGACACCGUGGCGCAGCUUAUGCUGAAUUCUGUCCCGUUGCAUCUUUUCCUAGCCAAGCCCCAAAGCGGAGAGGUUAUCUGGACCAACUCCAAAUUUGAUGCCUUUAGGCGAAGCCAGCCCCAGGAACAAAAAUUAAGGGACCCAUGGCAGAAUAUUCACGACAGCGAACGCAGUAAUGUUGCUGAGAAGUGGGCGAAUGCAUUACUUACUGGCUCACAAUUCACGGAACGGGUUCGUGUCAAGCGUUUCAACGACGAGUCGGCGUACCGCUGGUUCAUCUUCCGUGCCAACCCGUUGCUCUCAUCAACAGGAGAGGUUCUGUACUGGAUUGGGUCGUUCCUGGAUAUUCACGAACAGCACGUCACUGAGCUCAAGGCUGCUCAAGAGCGAGAGAAGUUUGCAAUCGACGCCAAAUACCGAGCAUUCUCAAAUUCAGUUCCGCAGAUAGUGUUCGAAGCAACUGAAAAUAGGGGACUCAUCUUUGUGAACGAGCAAUGGCAUCUAUACACAGGUCAGAAACUCGAGGAUGCACUUAAUUUUGGCUUCGCAAAGCACGUACAUCACGAUGACUUGGAAAAAUGCGGUCUGCUCUCCUUGUAUCUCGCCUCCGGGACCCAAAGAAGUAUCUCGACCUCUCAGUCCGCAGAACAACCGCCUGAGGUCUUGGGAAAGAAGACAGAAAUCCAAGAUCCCCGUCUUGACAAUCGUGUAACCCCGGCUCUUGAUGAGCUAGUCAAGCGGGGCGUCGCUUCCGUACAGCGCGAUGAGAAUGGCCGUGUAUUUUAUUCAACGGAAAUCAGGCUUCGAUCAAAAGGAGGCGAUUUCCGAUGGCACCUUGUUCGCCUGGUUCGAGUCGAAACCAGCAGCUUUGGGAGCGGCGAGGCUUCCUGGUACGGCACUUGUACUGAUAUCAAUGAUCGCAAGAAUCUUGAGAGAGAGCUCAACAAAGCGAUGCAGCAACUCAACAACCAAAUGGAAUCAAAGACCAAGUUCUUCAGCAACAUGUCGCACGAGAUCCGUACUCCCCUAAACGGAAUUCUUGGCACUAUUCCAUUCAUUCUAGAUACAUCAUUGGACACAGAUCAGAGACGGAUGCUCGAUACCAUCCAAAACAGCUCAACGAAUCUCCGCGAGCUGGUUGACAAUAUUCUAGAUGUUUCUAGGGUUGAAGCCGGAAAAAUGUCCUUGGUCAGUUCCUGGUUCCAUGUGCGAUCUGUCAUCGAAGAUGUAAUCGAUACCGUGUCAUCAAGAGCAAUCGACAAAGGCCUCGAGAUGAAUUAUCUUAUGGAUGUAGAUGUUCCGCCCAUGGUCAUCGGUGAUAGGUUCCGUAUCCGACAGAUUCUGAUAAACCUUGUUGGCAAUGCGGUCAAGUUCACUGCUCAGGGAGAGAUCCACAUUCGCUGCUCCAUCUACCACGAUCCUGCCGCCAUUCGCAAACCUACCGAGAUUCUAAUGAACUUCGACGUUGUCGAUACUGGCAAAGGGUUUAGUGCGCAGGAUGCUGAGCGUCUGAUGCAACGGUUCAGCCAAUUGGGAUCAAACGCAUCACAACAAAAUGCGGGUAGUGGGCUUGGAUUGUUCUUGUCUAAGCAGCUGGUCGAGAUGCAUGGUGGCCGGUUAACGCCGAGCAGCAAGGAAGGGCAAGGUGCCAAAUUCUCGUUCUUUGUCAAGGUUGACGCACCAACACCACCGGGCCCCGGCGAGGUUGCUCGAGAAACGCGGGCGCCUUCAAAGACCAGCUCUUUUCAGAAAUUGCUUUUCUCGUCCAAAGAAUCAUUGGAUCCUAAAGCUUCGGAAGCUGUUGAUUCUCAAUCAAUCCCCGGGUCUCCACUUUCCCUGCCGCCAAACAGUCUAGAGCUUUCUGCUCGUUUCGGUCUCGGUAGCUCAUCGGCGCGUUCUUCAUUCUCGUCGGCGUUACCGACCCCCGAUCUUCAUAGCAUUGACCCUAUGGUUAGAUUUGACACCUCUAGAUCAACACCAACUCAGCCCGAGGCCUCCGGUUCCCCCGACUCCGGUGCUGCCACCGAGAUUGAAACGACCUCGCAGCCUCCAGAGUCAUACAGUUCAUAUUCCAUUGUAAUACUGUGUCCCCAAGAGAACACUCGCAAAGCUAUCACACAACAUAUUGAGCAAGUGGUUCCGCACGAAAUUCAGCACUCAAUUACAUCGUUCAUCGAUGUUGAGGAUUGGAAGGAUUCAACAGAUUUUGAGUCUGGCUCUCAUGUCACUCACCUUGUCCUCAAUCUUCCUAAUGUUGAUGAGGUUCUCGAAGUAAUCAACUUUGUUGCGGCCCGAGAGCUAGAAAAGGCACCGACCCUCGUCAUUAUCUCCGACCUCUAUCAGAAGCGAGAAGUCAAUGCCCAUAUCAAGCAACUAUCUGCUAGCGGAAGGCGCGCAUUCACUGUGCCGAAGCCCGUCAAACCUUCUGCAUUCUCGCCGAUAUUCGAUCCUGGCAAUAGGAGAGAUCUCAGCAAGGAUAGGAACCAAGACAUGGCUCGUGCCAUCAACAACAACUUCAAGACCAUGUCUAAGAUGGUAAAGGAGGUAAUUGGGAAUAAAGGUUACCGAGUAUUGCUUGUCGAGGAUGAUGAAACAAACCGCAUGGUUAUGAUGAAGUACCUUGACAAGAUCAAGGUCAUGGCGGAAACUGCUGGUGAUGGACAGCAGUGCACAGACAUGGUCUUCUCCAAAGAACCAGGAUACUACUCCUUGAUUAUAUGCGAUAUCCAAAUGCCUAUCAAGAACGGCUACGAGACGUGCCGCGAGAUUCGCAUGUGGGAAAUGAAGAAUCAUUACCCCCAAAUACCGAUCAUGGCCCUAUCUGCCAAUGCGAUGACCGACCAAAUCGAAGACGCCGCGCGCGCCGGUUUCAAUGAUUAUGUUACGAAGCCAAUCAAGCACAAUGAGUUGGGAAAGAUGAUGAUGGGCCUUCUUGACCCUGGGCGGCCUCUGCUUUUACUUCGUGACCGGCUCAGGGAAGGAAGCGAGGACAGUCAUCGCGCUGGAUGA